AUGUGUGCUAGGGUAGGUGAGGGAGGCCCUUGUGAGGGUGUAUGUGUGGGGGUGAGGAUAUGUGCUAGGGAUGAUCUUCAAACCAAUAUCAGGGAUACACCUACGAUUGGAAACACAGCACAAGGAUCUAACAAGAAAGGUGCAAUCAGAGAGAGUUGUGACGACACACGUCUCAUGCCAAAGAACACCUUCCCAACUAUAGCUCUAGCUAGCUAUCAAGGAUCGGGUAAUACAUGGGUUAGACAUCUCAUAGAGACAUCAACUGGAUAUGCAACAGGAAGCAUUUAUCAUAGCAGAACACUUAUUAACCAAGGUUUUAUAGGUGAAAAAGAAGAUCACCUAACUGGAACGACUCUUACAGUGAAGACACAUAACAUGGCCAGGGGUAAUAUGACGUCACACAUGGUUGGCGCCAUUCUACUUGUACGCAAUCCGUACCGGGCAUUGGUAUCAGAAUUUAACAGAAGAAAAGCUGGCAAGACGGGCCAUGCCCCUAUUUACAAGUUCCAAACUGAAGAAUGGCAUAGAUAUGUGAGGAGAUUUUCCAGGAGUUGGAUUGGUCUUCCUGAACAUCUUAUCUCAAGAUGUCACUCCCCAGGGAAUGUUUGCAAGUCAAUGAUAAUCGUUUAUUACGAACAACUCAAACUCCACAUAGCGGAGGAGAUGCGACGAAUCCUAGACUACCUUGGUGUAUCGAUCGAUGAAGAGCGUCUUGCGUGUACAAUAGCCAAUGCAGAGGGAAAGUUUCACAGGCAAACUUCAAAUACGAGUCUGGACCCAUUUACACAAGAAGAAAGGACUAUGAUUGAUGGAUAUGUAAAAAGUUAUCUCGAUUUAAUCGACAUGUGGGAUCUCAAGAAGCCACCACCGUCAGUAAUAUCAUAUCCCACUGAUUUACAUUUAUGAUAAUAUAAAUGAACCAGUUUAAUUUAUACACUCAGCUGUGUAUGAGGGCAUUAAAGCAAUCAAAUUGCAGACGCUUUUUAUAACGCAGAUAAUCUUUUGUCAAAAAAACCUUAAAUGACAGUUAGUAGCCUUUAAAAAUUAAUGUACUACCAGCAUUCAAAGAGGCUGCGCUUCCCAUCAUUAGAAAUCUGCAGCCUCCAACCGGAUCUCUUGUUCUUUAAGAUGUAUCCAGGUUUUUACUUGCACAUCGCUCUUUCCUUUUAUUGUAAAAUAGAGAUCUUCACUCUGACACCAAUCUUUCACGACAUAUUGCGAAGUUCAUUCAAGUUUAGCUUUUGGGAGCUGGAAAAGAAAUUAUCGCAUCAAUUAUCAAGUAAUAGAUUUUUAACGUUGUAGAAAGUGUCUGCUAAGUGAUGCUAAAAAUGUCCUAAUGCCGCACAAAAAAAACUGUGGUGUUAACCGGUGUACAUAGAGGACCACAUCAGUUAUUUUACACCGGUGUUAAAUUGGUGGUG